UGUAUCCUUCCAUAACACACCUGUAUCCUUCCAUAACACACCUGUAUCCUUCCUAACAUACCUGUAACCUUCCUAACACACCUGUAUCCUUCCAUAACACACCUGUAUCCUUCCAUAACACACCUGUAUCCUUCCUAACACACCUGUAUCCUUCCUAACACACCUGUAUCCUUCCAUAACACACCUGUAUCCUUCCAUAACACACCUGUAUCCUUCCAUAACACACCUGUAUCCUUCCUAACACACCUGUAUCCUUCCUAACACACCUGUAUCCUUCCAUAACACACCUGUAUCCUUCCAUAACACACCUGUAUCCUUCCAUAACACACCUGUAUCCUUCCUAACAUACCUGUAACCUUCCUAACACACCUGUAUCCUUCCAUAACACACCUGUAUCCUUCCAUAACACACCUGUAUCCUUCCUAACACACCUGUAUCCUUCCUAACACACCUGUAUCCUUCCAUAACACACCUGUAUCCUUCCAUAACACACCUGUAUCCUUCCAUAACACACCUGUAUCCUUCCAUAACACACCUGUAUCCUUCCUAACACAUCUGUAUCCUUCCAUAACACACCUGUAUCCUUCCCAAACACACCUGUAUCCUUCCAUAACACAGCUGUAUCCUUCCUAACACAUCUGUAUCCUUCCUAACACAUCUGUAUCCUUCCAUAACACACCUGUAUCCUUCCAUAACACACCUGUAUCCUUCCAUAACACACCUGUAUCCUUCCAUAACACACCUGUAUCCUUCCAUAACACACCUGUAUCCUUCCUAACACAUCUGUAUCCUUCCAUAACACACCUGUAUCCUUCCCAAACACACCUGUAUCCUUCCAUAACACAGCUGUGUGUCCCUGUCUUCCCUCCAGGUGCGUAAGGAGUAUGGGAAGUGUUUGCGUACCCACUGCUGCAGUGGUAAGAGUGUAGAGACCUCCAUCUCGUCCUCUGGAAAGAACCACACCACGUCUCGAACCCCAGGACGAUACUCCACGGGGUCGCAGGUCAUCUUGCCUGCCUGUACACCUGGACGCUACUCCACAGAAGAUUCCCAGAGUCGUAUCAGGAGGAUGUGGAACGAUACAGUGAGGAAACAGGAGUCAUCCUUUAUGACAGGAGACAUCAACAGCUCAGCCACACUCAACAGAGAGGGGAUCCUGAACAACGCGCGAGACUCCAGCGUCAUGGAUACGCUCCCUCUCAACGGUAACCACGGCAACAACUACAGCGUGGCGAGCGGCGACUACCUUAGCGACAGCGUCCAGAUUCUAGAUCGCGGCGGCGUCAGCGGUUACAGUACCUACGGCAACCACAAGGAGACAACAUUAGAAAAGCAGAUCCUUAAAGAGUUAACCUCCAACUACACCCCUUCGUAUUUGAACAACCACCAGCGGUCGGCGACCACUGAACGCAACCACAACCUGAUGAAUAAGAUGGUCAACGUCGGUAACGGCACCGGUAACGCGGGCGGCCUGGUCGGUAACAGCAGUAACGGAAUCGGAAUCGGUGGCGUAGUCGGUGGCGGGAGUAACCAUGACUACGACUUGAGUAACGAUGGUGUCGACGUUAGUCACAUGGUGCUGGAUAACCCCAACGUUGCCUUCCCAUUGGAUGAGAAUUUGGGAUUGGAGAUUAUAAGGGAGGAGUCAAACGCCCCUCUCCUCCCGCCCCGCCCUCUGCCUCCCCCAGACAGCCUCCCCCACCCUCACCCUCCUCCCCCGCCCCCCCAUAACUUCUCCCGCCCCCGGCACAUCCCCCAGGAGACCAGCGACAGCUUCUUCCCCCUCCUGACCAAUGAGCAGACGGACGAGACGCCGCAAUCACCCAAUCACAGAAACUCUCUGUACACCUCCAUGCCCGUGUUAACGGAUUUACCGGAUGGCCAGGGUAGUCACGGGCAGAUGAACGGUUUAGCGGACGGUGAGCUGGACGACAGCGGGGAGAUUCAGGCCGGUAACAGCAGCACUGGGAGCGGACCGGGGCCAGAGGCGGAGGAUGUUUACUAUAAGAGCAUGCCGAACCUGGGGUCCAGGAACCAGCUCCACCAGCUCCACCAUUACUACCAGAUGGGGCGGGGGGGCAGCGACGGCUACAUGGUACCUGUCAACAAGGAGGAUUCUGAUUCGUCGCCCGAGGAGCCCCUGACCCCCGUUGACCCCUCCCAUCUGGUCACGAGCCUAUAGACCAAUGAGAAGACUCUAAACCCCUUAUUUUCCGGGUCCCACCUUCUUUUUUAGUCCCGCCUCCCAGAAUAGUUAUAUGUUGAUGAUUGAUUGACAGUUGGCGCUGACCAAUGAAGGCCUGGUUGAACGGACCCGCUUCCUGAUUCUUUCCUGUGGUUAGUGACAAUAGGGAUGAGACUGAGCUAUCAUUGGCCGGAAGGGAGAUGAGGGCAAUUCGAUUGGAUAGAGAUGGAUUGUAAUUUAGACCAGAACGAACUAAACUGGGUGGCUCGAAACUAAGGAGUUUUUUUGUGAACAUUCUUCAGGAAUGGAAAUAUGAACUAGUACCUGAAGGAGGAGGAAUGUAGGGAAGGAUCUGUCAUUUAACCUGUCUUCAUAGACUCGCCUGGAUCGUAGCCCAGACACAUCCUACCAUGGACCUGUAGCAGAUCCUAGCUUAGUCUUUUUCACCGUCCAAAACAUCAGACUACUCUUCCAAGCCCUGGACACUGGUCAAAAGAAUCUAGCCAAUCACCAGGCUUCUCCUUGUUCUUCUACUACCUGACCUGCCAAUCAGUAGAGUGUGUAUGAUAAACCCCGCCCCCCCCCGUCACAUAACUAUUUUAUUAGACGACAUGUUGUUCUCAACACUGUAACCAUGGCUACAGACGACAGGGUAGUUAGAGGAACUCUGUGUGUUUUACAACCGUCUCUUCCUCCUGUCUGAUGAACUGAACUGAAACGGGAGUUACCUUCCUGUUUCUGCAAGGUGUACAGACUCAACUGAACUUUUACUGUUCCAUGUUCCAGACGGUUCCCUAAGUAGGAACUAGACAAAAGAUGAAGGAUUUAAAAAUCAACUGAAACAGAUGCAUUUUUUCACCCCCUUGUUUUUAUUUCUGGUCGUUUUCUUUUUUUUUUUUUCUGUAACCAUGGCUACAGAUGACAGGGUAGUUAGAGGAUUUAUAUGUGUUGUACAGAAUAUAGAUGGUGUGGCUUUAUGACUGACUGGAUUCCUUCACGUUUCUGCUUUUAUUUUGUACCUUUGGGACUGUUACUGGUAAAGACGUGUUGUCCUGCCGCCGUAACUCCUGUUCAGCCAAUCACACCUGUUACAGGAACAACCUGUCUCUGAUCUCACUGCUUCUUACCUAACAACAUAUGGAAAUCACUACAGAUUUAUACACACACACACACACACGCACACACACAC